AUGGCGCACAUGACAAACGUCUUGGAUCUCUUGAGGAACCCUCAGCCCUUUUGUGGGCGUGGUCCGGAAACCAUUCCCAUGCGAAACCUGGGGGUCCUGAAAAUUUCUCAUGAAAACCUGAGGCAUUUUCAGUCCCUCUCAGCGACGGGGCCUCAGCAAGCUCUGAGCCAAAUCUGGGAGCGCUGUUGUCAGUGGCUGCAGCCGGAGACCCACACCAAGGAGCAGAUGAUGGAGCUCCUGGUGCUGGAGCAGUUUCUGAGCACCCUGCCCCAGGAGGUUCAGACGUGGGCGGUGGUGACUUUCCAGGAUGUGUUUGUGGACUUCAGCCAGGAGGAAUUGACCUCCCUGAGUGCUGCUCAGCGGCGCCUCCACCGGGAGGUGACGCUGGAGAAUUACAGGAACCUGGUUUCCCUCGGGUACCAGUUCCCUAGACCCGACAUCAUCGCACAGCUGGAAGAGGAGGAGUCCAGUGCGAUGGAGGAAGACGGCAAUACAAAGAAUGGUCCAGAUUGGGAGACAGGACCUGAAACCAACCAGCUACCUCCAGAGCAAAGCCUGCCAGUCGAAAAACCACGCUUGGGGGCAGGAGUGGAGGAUCUGGAAGGAGCUAGCUCCUGGCCUGUAGGACCCACGGGAGAGUCUUCUCCUGACGAUCCACUGGAUUCGAAUCAGGUCGACGAGGAGAAACCUCGGUGCCUUGUCAUGGCGAGUGAGCCCAAGACCCUCGCUCCGGAAAGGAGCCUCGACAGUGACGAAUUUGAGAGACCUUCAGAUCUUCCGGAACCACCGGGGGGUCCGCUGGGAAUGGACCCCCGGGAAUGUUCUGCUCCCGGGGUGUGCACCAGUCCCCCGCCGGUGGUCAGCAAGCCUUCUCCCCAAGAGACCAGCAUCCACAAAUGUGAAUUUUGCCCAAGAACCUUCAGUACCCGGAUGGCCCUUAAGAGACACGAGCAGGUGCACACUGGGAAGAAACCCCUACAAGGUAAGCAAUGGGAAGGCUUCCUCCUCGUGCCGUGCCUCAGCGGACGUCAGGGCACGCCCUCCGGCGACCAGCCGCCCGGGGUGUCUCUCACCCAGUUCCCAAGUGUCCGUGUCUCUGAACCGAAGGACUACUAUGAGUGUGUCCACUGCGGCAGGGCUUUCGUCCAAGACGUGCACCUUCGUCAGCACCUCCAAGCCCACGAGGCUGCGAAAGCCCUUCCGCCGGCGUUGCCCCGCCGCCGGACACACCUCAUUCGCUACCGGCAGAAGCACGACUAUGUCGGGGAGAGAGCCCUCCAGUGCUGCGACUGCAGCAAAGCCUUCAGCCAGAGCUCCCACCUCGUCUCGCACUACCGGAUCCACGCCCACGAGAGGCCCUUCCAGUGCCGGCUGUGUUGGAAGUGUUUCAGCCGACCCUCGCAGCUCACCCAGCACUACCAGCUCCAUUCUGGGGAGGAAUCCGGAGACUGCAAUGCUAUUGAAAAAUCUCCGGAGAACAUUCCCAACGUUUCUGGAGAGAGACCCUCUGAGUGUGAGAACGCCUCCCGCCAGCCCUCACACUUUCUGAACAACUUGGAAAUUCGCCAUCGUGAGCUCAAAAGAUAG